GCCCCACUUAAAACUGAGACAAUUUAACAAAACACUCAACAUUUCUUCGAAACAAAGAAGGCAAAAGCAAAAAACACCAUGUCCAAUAAUUCAGCUUCUUCUUGGAGUAAAGAAGAAGAAAAAGCUUUUGAAAACGCCAUAGCAAUGCAUUGGAAUAGUAGUACUAGUAUUGCUACAAGUGAAGAAGACUCAUCAUCAUCAUCAUCAGAGGAGCAAUGGCAAAAGAUUGCUUCAAUGGUUCCAACUAAAGGUAUUGAAGAAUUAAAGCAACAUUACCAGUUUUUAAUGGAGGAUUUGCAGGCUAUAGAGGCCGGAAGGGUGCCACUACCAGAUUAUGUAGGAGAAUUGGAAGGUGCAACAAUGGCAACAACUUCAUCAAGUAAAGAUUUUCAUGGAUUCUCAGGCUCAGUGGGUGGAGAUAAGAGAUCAAAUUGUGGCUAUGGAAGUGGGUUCACAGGGCUCAGCCAUGAGUCCAGCGGGCAUGGAGGCAAAGGAGGCUCAAAGUCUGACCAAGAAAGGAGGAAAGGAAUUCCGUGGACGGAAGAAGAGCAUAGGUUAUUCCUACUUGGUUUAGACAAAUUUGGGAAGGGAGAUUGGAGGAGCAUUUCAAGAAACUUAGUGAUAACAAGAACCCCAACACAAGUGGCUAGCCAUGCACAGAAGUAUUUCAUACGGUUGAACUCAAUGAACAGAGACAGGAGGCGGUCGAGCAUUCAUGAUAUAACAAGUGUGAACAACAGGGAGGUAUCGUCUCAUCAUCAUCAAGCUUUGAUAACAGGGCAACAGGGAAACACUAAUCUGGGAGAGGGUUCGGCAAUGGGGGCAUCUGGGAAGCACAGAGGGGGUCAGCCACAUAUGCCUGGAUUGGGGAUAUUUGGAGCUCCUGUUGGCCACCCAAUUGCAGCUCCUGUGCAUAUGGCUUCUGCUGUUGGGACUCCUGUUAUGCUUCCCCCUCCAGGCCAUCAUCCUCAUACUUCGUAUGUUCUUCCGGUGGCUUAUCCAAUGGCACCGCCAACGACAACACACCAAUAACAGCAUCAUUUAUCUCAUGUAAAAUCAGACUUUGCAGUAGUCUUAGAGGAAGUGGGUGCUGAAACUAAGAAAAAUAUGGGAGCCCAAAACCCAGAUCGUUACAGAAGCUGUAGAUUUUUUUUUUCCCCCUUUUCCCUGGAAGAUUGAACAAUAAAACAGUCAACCUAGUUAAGACAACAAGCCGAAACAGCCUCUUAGAGUUGGCUAUUAAAAGGGGUUUGGCUCAUAGUAAAAAUUACCAUAGCACCUAUCUUUUAUUACUAAUAUUAUGUUGUUUAGUUUGUCAAAUAACAAAAUAUUUUGAUAA